AUGUUGCGUGGAAGGGCAAUUUGCCGUACUUUGAGCUGCCGCCGCUACACUCAGAUCCCCACGGCAGCUACUCCUGAUUUCGUUUCCCAUUACUACCCUCAGUUGAGUAAACUACUUGACAUUGUUCAAUUGUACAAGCAACAUGGUCACUUUGACAAUGUCUCCCCUAGAGAAAUGCAAUCGUUGGCCCAAGAGUUUGCGACAAUGGACCACGCCGGUUAUGUGUGGCAGAAGGUAAAUCAUGAAGUCCAAAACUCGCCUCAAUUCCUUCGUCAAUUGACCCAAUGGUUUGAGCUUCAUCGGUUGGGGCUUGCUCGCUACAAUCAUGAGUUGUCAAGUGUAACAGAGCAAGCUACACUGACUCAACAAGUUUAUGACCAGAUUGAGUCUGCUCUUCAACAGGAAAAUGCCACCACUUGGCACCAAAAAUUAGCUUUGGGUCGCUAUCGUGCUCUCCAGUUGUUGCUUACAAAUGUACCCGAACUCCCCGUGAGCUUUUUGAAGCAGAUCGUGUUGUCUAACUUGUCUGUGCCAAUGCUGAAAGCAGAAACUCAAAAAGUCUCAAGAUUGGCAUUCGUUGUUGAUAGCCACAACAUACCUUUGACUUCACCAAUCUACAAAAUUGCUGAGAAGCUUGAAGCACAUGAUUCUCCACUGUCCCGAGCCGGUCUCGAGGUUGUGAAUGAGUUGGUUUGCAAUGGAGUCUUGGCACCGUCUGCCAGUUUAGAUGAUUAUCUCGUGAAGUAUCUCGACACAUCUUUUGGUUCUGAAAUUGAGCAUCUAGCUGCAAUCAAAGUUCAUGUAUUGCAUCGGCCAUUUGCGGAUUUCACUCCAAAGGAGCUCAUCUUGGCAAUCCAACAGCUGAUUCAACGCGAACCAUGGCAUGAGCGAGCCUAUGACAUUAUUCGUGUGUUGAGGAAGUUAAUACUGUUGGCCGAAACCAUGCCUCAAGGUCAAUGGCUUCACGACUUGGACGUUUUGAUUCAAGGCGGCCCGUCAUUCAAUAUGAACCAUCGCAUCUCGAUGUCUUGGAAGGCCGGUGAUUCUGACACCGUCAUCAGACACCCUCGAAAGUUUAACGAAAAUCCUGCUGAUAAGGUCCUCGGAAGUACUUCCAAUAGAAGAGGGAAAAAGCUUGAACAUACUCGGAGAAGGGGUGGUGGAAUGUCUGGAGGUCGCAAUGAUCCUGAACCUGAUAAGCAACUUGAAAACAACGCCAAAGAAUCCAAGCUGGAAUAUGUGCAGAUACCCGGGAAGCUAUACAUCCACAAUGAAAUCUUUCCGCUUCAGAUUUUGCAGGAGUAUUUAUCGAAAGACUUCUCAAAGUGCACCCCACGUGAAAUUUUAGAUGCUACCAAGCAACUCGCUCAAGCCGGUGAUAAUGAAUGUGAUGAAGCUGAUGCCAAUCGUCUCUACUCUAAACUUUAUCGUUUGUUUGCGUUGAACGGUGGUGACACGCAAUGUUUGGACGCUGUACUACAGUCGCACAACCAUUUCCGCCGAGUUGAGCGAGCGAUUCGUGAAAGAUCUAAAAUCAAAGCAGUCGAAGGACAGACUUCUCAUAUUAUUGGUGAACUUGACCUCCCUCAAUUUUCCGACGAACUCAAAAAGCUCCGUGAAGCUUUGGGCGACAAGCCAUUUUCAAGUCACACACAAGAUUUGAUUGUGAAUACACUUCAGGAUGAGAUUUACCUUGGGAAGCAUCUGAAAUUGAUUCUUGAUGGAACUGUCUUCAAUUACGUGAGAUUGCUCAAGCGACUUGAGCGGUUAUUUGCAUUGAACGGUGGCCAUACCGCGGUGUUGGAUGAGAUUUGCAGGAAGGGCAAGACCAUUUCCACAAGCACUCAAGAGUACCGUCAAAUUCCUGAUGAUUUUGCCAUUCAUGAGUUUGUCAAUGAACUUUCCGAGCUUGCUGUGGACGCUGGCGUUGCUAAGCUAGGUUCACUUUCGGCAUUGGAAGUUUUGGACGUGUGCAAGCAUUGCGCCGACAAGAAUUCAGAUUAUAUUAAACUCCACAGCAAUUUGCGAAACUUAUUCCGCCACAAUGGUAACAACACCGCAGUUCUAGAUGCUGUUAUCAACUCACAGCACCAUUUCGACGCCAUUGAAGCCAGCACGCAUGGUUUGAAGGUAUCAUCUGAAUACAAGCAAUUGCCGGAUGACAUGCGACUCGACGAAUUUUCAACGGAGCUUGAGGAGCUUCUUGAACAAUUGGAUGCCGAUAAAUUUGUUGAAGUUUCGUCUUCUGAUAUUUUGGAUGUCACCGCAAACCUAUCUUCUGGUCUGGGUAUAUUCUCCAAGCUUCACUCCAACUUGGCAAAGUUGUUUGCAUACAAUGGCGGUAAUACCGAGAUCCUCGAUAUUGUACUCACUAAUGUUAGGGCAUUCAAGGACUUGGAGUCUAAGCGUGCUCCUGAGGCAUUUGCCCACACUCUGGAACUUCUCAAUAACCACGCUGAAGCCGUGAGUUUACUUCUCAAGGAAUACAAAGCGGAACAUCUGCAGUCUACUACGAUUCUGCCUACACUUUUUAGUCAGUUAGUGGCACGUCAUUUGAAACUGCAACCAAACCUGGAACCUCUCAGACUUGUGAAUCAGUUGAAUUUGGUUGUGGACUAUUAUCCAAACUUUCUCCAACAAUUGCUUGAAAUUCGAGGAAACAAGCCUUCUCCACAAUGGAGUGCUCAUGAAGUCGAAGAGGUUUACAAGGCAUUUAUGAGUGUUCUUGAGUAUGACCAAGAUAUUUGUGACGAGAUUUCCUACAUUUACCAUAAGAACGUCACUGCAAAACAAGAAGCUAUGACGUCGGCAAAUCUGGAAGAUUGGCGCAAUGAUUAUAAUGAUCUGGAACGUUUAGUGCUGUUACUCUCGCAACAAAAGUCGCCUGUAGACUUUGACUUGCUCAACAAGGAAUUGGGUCAAGAUGAGUUAUUCAUCAAAGAUGCUGUGCUGAUCGCCCUUAAUCAAGAUACUGGUAAGUCUCGAGCUUCCGCCAGAGAAAACAAGGACGCCCCAUCGGUUAUACCUAAUCCAUCUACACUCCACCAAUAUUUGGAAAGUGCUCAUCAUCAGCACCAGGCAUCGGAGCAGAGUCGAGUUCGUGAGCAAAAGGCUUACGAGUGGGCUACUGCCAACAACAGAAACCAUGAAAUCCCUGUCGAAUUUGAAUUUCGUGCAACGGAACCUAAGCACACUUCACCGCUUUACCCCGCUCGUUUGGACCCUGAGUAUGAAUACAAAGUUGUCACCGCUGAUGGACACAGUAUUCCUCUGGAUGCGGUGCUGAUUGGUCAUGUUGUGCGUCAACCUGUGGCUCAGGCCAUUGGUGGACUUCCUGCUGGUGAUAUUGAUCGAUUCAUGGAUCAAGUGCACCAUCACGAACGUCAAGGAUGGAAGGUCAUGGGGUCACAAGAAGUUGAAGGUCGACCCGUUCUCAUACUUGCACGGAUUCCUGGUGCUGGCGCUCGGAGUUCGUGGGGUCUGGCGAUCAAAAACUUAUUGGCGAUUGCUGGUGGGGGCUUUUUAGUUAUAGUUGGCGUCAACUACUUUGUGGAAGAUGAAAAGGUUUUGAAGAAGAAUACUCCGGUUGAGGUCGUGAGCGAGUCUCUGAACUCCCCGUCUCCUUCCCCUUCUCAAUUGCCUUCAGCUGAUAAUGCACAAGCGCCAAAGCAGUCCAUUUUAUCUAGCCUUUUGUGGGCUAAUCCGCCUAAGGAUGAUUAG